GCGGUACCUGUAUCAGGAGGCGGAGCAGCUGCUCUUUGGAGAACGGGAUGAACCGCUCGCGGUACUGCUGGGCCCAGUCGCGGGGCUCCGUGGGGCUCCACAUCUUGCGCAGCCGAGCCCCAGCGUGGGCCUGGAGCCUCCAGACGGUGGUGCCCAGCAGGCAGCGCCCAGCAUCCUUGCUCCAGCCUCCCAGGGCCCGGGCAGCAGAGCAGCCGCCAUGCACAUCCCGGAAAGCCUCCAGGACCUGGCCGACAGUGAAGCCGUGCAGUUUCUCAAGAGGCCAAAGGCAAUCACAAGGAUCUUCGCAGGGGUCUUCUCCCUCAUCGUCUUCUCCUCCCUGCUGACCGAUGGCUACCAGAACAAGACCGACUCUUCGCAGCUCCACUGCGUCCUCAACAGCAGCAGCUCAGCGUGCAGCUUCGCUGUGGGAGCCGGCCUCCUGGGCUUCCUCAGCUGCCUGGCCUUCCUUGCCCUGGACGCCCACGAGGGCCGCAUUGCAAGCACCCGCUUCAAGACAGCCUUCCAGCUCCUGGACUUCAUCCUGGCUGUCCUCUGGGCAGGCAUCUGGUCUGUGGGAUUCUGCUUCCUGGCCAACCAGUGGCAGCAUUCGCCGCCCAGACACUUCCUCCUGGGGAGCAGCAGCGCCAAGGCCGCCAUCACCUUCUCUUUCUUCUCCAUCCUCGUCUGGAUAUUCCAGGCCUACCUGGCCUUCCAGGACCUCCGAAAUGAUGCUCCAGUCCCCUACAAGCGCUCCCUGGAUGAGGGCAGUGUGGUACUGACCUCCCUCUCCCCGCCGUCCGCCGCCAGCCCUGUCAACACGCCCACCACCGGCCCCCAUAGCCUGAGCUACGCCAGCUACGCCCUGUCCCCCUAUAUGACCACUCCAAAGGCCCCCCGCCUUGCUGUGAUGCCUGACGACUAGCCAGCCUCAUCUAUGUCAGUAAAGAGAGGAUCCUCCCUCCAGAAGCGUUUCUGAAAAC